AUCCUAAGUCUCACAGUUCAAGCUAAUCAUUGACAGAGCUUUACAAUCACAAGCUUUUACUGAAACCUUGAUAAGACAGCCAAGCAGUUAGUGGCAAAUGAAGCCAGACUGUCCGGCAGAAUCUCCAGGGAAUGAAUGGAUUUUCUUCAGCACUGAUGAAAGAAGCACACGCUAUAGCAAAACAAUGUCCUACCAGGGACUGCGAAGGUCUGUCAUUCUGUCAGCAUUUAUUCUCCUACCAGCCGUUGUUGGAUUUUCUGGAGAUGGAAGAGCUAUAUGGUCUAAAAAUCCUAAUUUCAGUCCGGUAAAUGAAAGUCAACUGUUUCUUUAUGAUACUUUUCCUAAAAACUUUUUUUGGGGUGUUGGGACUGGAGCAUUUCAAGUGGAAGGAAACUGGAAGACAGAUGGAAAAGGACCCUCUAUCUGGGAUCACUUCAUCCAGACACACCUGAAAGAUGUCAACAGUACGGACAAUUCCAGUGACAGUUACAAUUUUCUGGAGAAAGACCUAGAAGCCCUGGAUUUUAUUGGAGUUUCUUUUUAUCAAUUUUCAAUUUCCUGGCCAAGACUUUUCCCCGAUGGAACAGUAGCAGUUGCCAAUGCAAAAGGUCUCCAGCACUAUAAUACUCUUCUUGAUGCGCUAGUGCUCAGAAACAUUGAACCUAUAGUUACUUUAUAUCAUUGGGAUUUGCCUUUGGCAUUGCAGGAAAAAUAUGGGGGGUGGAAAAAUGAAACCAUGAUAGAUAUCUUCAAUGACUAUGCUACCUACUGUUUCCAGAUGUUUGGGGACCGUGUCAAAUACUGGAUUACAAUUCACAACCCAUAUCUAGUUGCCUGGCAUGGGUAUGGGACAGGUAUGCAUGCGCCUGGAGAGAAGGGAAAUCUAGCAGCUGUGUACACGGUGGGACACAACAUGAUCAAGGCUCAUUCGAAAGUGUGGCAUAAUUACAACACCAAUUUCCGUCCGCAUCAGAAGGGCUGGUUAUCCAUCACAUUGGGAUCCCAUUGGAUUGAACCAAACAGAUCAGAAAACACAAUGGAUACACUCAAGUGCCAGCAGUCUAUGGUUUCUGUGCUUGGUUGGUUUGCCAACCCAAUCCACGGAGAUGGUGACUACCCAGAGAUAAUGAAGCAGAAGCUGCUCUCUAUCCUACCCCUUUUCUCUGACUCCGAGAAAAACCAAGUGAGGGGUACAGCUGACUUCUUUGCCUUCUCCUUUGGACCCAACAAUUUCAAGCCCCAAAACACAAUGGCUAAAAUGGGACAAGUUGUGUCACUCAAUUUACGAAAAGUACUGAACUGGAUUAAACUGGAAUAUGGCAAUCCCCGAAUUCUGAUUACUGAGAAUGGCUGGUUCACAGAUAGUCAUGUGAAAACAGAAGAUACCACAGCGAUCUACAUGAUGAAGAAUUUCCUCAACCAAGUUCUUCAAGCAAUAAAGUUUGAUGAAAUACAAGUGUUUGGUUACACUGCCUGGUCUCUCCUGGAUGGCUUUGAAUGGCAGGAUGCCUACACCAUGCGCAGAGGAUUGUUUUAUGUGGACUUAAACAGUGAACAAAAAGAAAGAAAGCCCAAGUCUUCAGCACAUUAUUACAAACAGAUCAUACAAGAAAAUGGCUUUACUUUCAGAGAGUCCACACCAGAUGUGCAGGGACAGUUUCCUUGUGACUUCUCUUGGGGUGUCACUGAAUCUGUCCUUAAGCCCGAGUUGGCGGCUUCCUCCCCACAGUUCAAGGACCCUCACCUGUAUGUGUGGAACGUGACAGGUAACAGAUUGCUGCAUCGAGUGGAAGGAGUGAGGCUGAAAACCCGGCCAGCCCAGUGCACGGAUUUCGUCAGCGUCAAAAAGCAACUGGAGAUGUUGACCAGGAUGAAAGUCACUCAUUACAGGUUUGCUCUGGAUUGGCCCUCCAUCCUGCCCACCGGUAACCUGUCGUCGGUGAAUCGACAAGUUCUGAGGUACUACAGGUGUGUGGUCAGUGAGGGGCUGAAGCUCAACAUCUCCCCGAUGGUCACGCUCUACUACCCGACCCAGGCGCGCCUUGGCCUCCCCACGCCGCUGCUGCAGAGUGGAGGGUGGCUGAACCCGGCCACGAUCGAGGCCUUCCAGGACUAUGCGGGGCUGUGCUUCCGAGAGCUGGGCGACCUGGUGAAGCUCUGGAUCACCAUCAAUGAGCCCAAUCGGCUGAGCGACGUCUACAGCCACACGAGCAACGACACCUACCGGGCGGCCCACAACCUGCUGAUGGCGCACGUCCGGGUCUGGCACCUGUACGACCGGCAGUACCGGCCUGCGCAGCUUGGGGCGCUGUCGCUGUCGCUGCACUCGGACUGGGCGGAGCCCGCCGACCCCUUCGUGGACUCGCACCUGCGGGCGGCCGAGCGCUUCCUCCAGUUCGAGAUCGCCUGGUUCGCCGAGCCGCUCUUCGGGAGCGGGGACUACCCGGCCGCCAUGAGGGAGUACAUCGCCGCCAAGCGGCGCCAGGGCUUGUCGCGCUCCGCGCUGCCGCAGUUCACCGCCGAGGAGCGCCGGCAGGUGCGCGGCGCCGCCGACUUCUUCGCGCUCAACCACUUCACCACCCGGCUGGUGAUGCACGCGCGCCCCCCGGCCGGCCGCGCAGACGCCGACCGCGACGUGCAGCUCCUGCAGGACAUCACCUGCCUGAGCUCGCCCAGCCGCCUGGCCGUGCUGCCCUGGGGUCAGCGUAAGGUGCUGCGGUGGAUCCGCCGCAACUAUGGAGACCUGGACGUCUACAUCACCGCCAGCGGUGUCGAUGACCCGUCUCUGGAGAACGAUGAGCUCCGAAAGUACUAUUUGGAGAAGUACGUUCAGGAGGCUUUGAAAGCAAACCUGAUUGACAAAGUCAAAAUCAAAGGCUAUUAUGCAUUCAAGCUGACUGAAGAAAAGUCUAAAUCCAGAUUUGGUUUCUUCACAUCUGAUUUCAAAGCUAAAUCGUCAGUACUGUUUUACAACCAACUUAUCAGAAACAAUGGCUUUCCUUCUGAGCAUAGUGGUCCUGGAUGCAGCCAGAAUCAACACACAGAGUGUGUUGUCUGCUUGUUUCUUGUGCAGAAGAAACCACUGAUAUUCUUUGGUUGUUGCUUCUUCUCUACUCUGAUACUACUUUUAUCAAUUAUCAUUUUCCACAAGCGAAAGAGAAGAAAAUUGUGGAAAGCAAAGAACUUCCAACACAUACCAUUAAAGAAGGGCCAAAAGAGAGUUCUUAGCUAAGUGUCAGCAUGAGACAGUUUAAAAUUCCACUCCAGCUCUAAAUACUGGCAACUCAGAAGGCAAACCUGUAUUAUACAAAGACGUUAUUGAUGGGAAAGAAGGUGAUGACAAUCAGUGAAAAGUGAUCUGAACCUGAAGACAAUCUGCUGAGAGUAAACGCUAAGGACUAUUUGAUACACCCUUGUGACACUUCUGAUUAGAAAAAAUAUGUUGGGGCCAGGCAGUGACUCACCUGGUUAAGCACACAUUACAGUGUGCAAUGAUACAGGUUCAAGUCACUGGUCCCCACCUGCAGGGGGAAAGCUGUUCACAAGUGUUCACACAGGGCUGCAGCUGUCUGGUUCCUCCCCUAUCUCCCCCCUUCAAUCUCAAUUUCUUUGUCUCAGAAGAGAAAAAAAAAAAAAAAGGUAAUGCCUGAGAAUACACCCAGCGAUCAUACUGAAGAGCUCUUCCCCAGACCCACUUUAAUUCUAUUUCAUUACACUGCCUGAGUUCUUGAUCUUCAUUGUAUCCUGGACCUCAACUAUUCAUUCACAGUAAAGGGCUGGGCAAGACAGCAUAAUAGUUAUGCAGAAAAACCUUAUAGACACCAGUGGUCCCAGGUUCAAUCCCCCAGCACCAUCAUAAACUAGAAUUGAACAGUUCUAUGCUGGGCACAAUUCCCUGCUUCAUAUGGAUUCAGUGACUGCAUAGCACAGUGAGCCUAACCUAUCUACUUGAGAAAGGCCUGCCUGUACACCUCAGCCUAUUUUUCCCCCAGAGCACUGCUCAACUUUGGCUUAUGGUGGAGCAGAGGAUCAAACUUGGGAUUUCAGAGCCUCAGGCAUGAAUGUUUGCACAACUAUUAUGUUAUCUCCCCACCCCUUAAAGUUGUAAUUAGGUUUUGCUUUCCUAGUCUCAAAAUAUGUGCUCGUCAACUAAUGUACCCUGUGUUCAUGACUUAAUAACCUUCAC